GCAACAUGAAUCAGAAUAAUCAGAUGCCCCAACCAUUCAUGUUCUGACUGGUUUCAUAGCACAAUGUCUAUAUUCAAAGUAAAACAGUGGUGGUCAAAUAAUGAUUCGCGGGGAGACCAAGCUGAUGUGGGAACCCAAAAUGGUGGUUGUCUUAAAGUGGACAGAUUUAGCUCUCAUAGCGAUAGUGACUGUAUUGUUACUGGUGAAGGAUCAAUACUUAAACUUUACAAGCCAAGUGGUCAAAAUGCAUCGCAUAUUCUACUAGAAAGUAAUUUCAAUUUGCCUAUACUACAAAUUGAAACUGGGAAAUUCAUAGCUGGAAAAGAAGACAGACAAAUCUUAGUUCUGCAUCCACAAAGCUAUGCCGUCUAUCAAUUAAACAGGAAGGAAGGCCAUACAGACGUCGGAGAUCAAAAUGCCCUCGAGUCGGUUGUUAAGCAUUCCUUCACACGUCGGGCCUACAGCGUGACAUGCGGUCCCUUCGGCAAUAUUAAAUCAAGGGACUUAAUAUGUGUGCAGUCUCUUGACGGUACUUUGAGCUUCUUUGACCAAGACACGUUUCUCUUCAUGUGCAUCUUUAGCGAUGUUAUAAUCCCGGGCCCCGCGUGUUACGUAGCUAGCUGCGAUUCCUUCGUUGUUUGCAAGUCGACGUGGGUGUUAGAAAUAUACAGCUAUCAGCAAUUGAGAGAGCUCAGUGAACUAACCACCAGACAAAAUAAAAAGAGCAUUCCGCAAUGGGUUUACAAUGCCGGCGAGGAAGUGACGUCGCUACAAGCUAUCCAGACAAGCAGCAAUUUCUCAAGCAUCAUUGCCCUGGGUGAGAGACAUCUGUACUGCUUCCAAGACAAUGGUCUCAUGAAGUAUAUGAUCAAGUUUGAUUACUUGCCUAUUUGUUUCAACGCGUAUCUAAUUGGCUGGUAUUAUGAACCAGGAUCCCGUCUCCUAGUAAUGGUCGCCUCUGAAGACUCUAAGCUAUUUGUAUACGAAAACACCACUUUACUAUGGUCCUGCGAUCUGCCUCAUUUCGCAAUAUCGAUAUCGCGUUGUUUCCUAAAGUUGCUACCAGGUGGCGUUGUCACGCUCUCCAAUAAUGGUACUAUUCAAGUCAGCUAUAUGGGGACGGAACCCGAUUUAAAUGCGAAUGCUGGGUCGAUGAUAAAUGAUGUUAUGGAUCCGGAGGUCGUACAAGCUGAGUUAGAUAAUGUUGAAGAGACACUGCAGAGAAUUCUGGAAAGUAAAGAAGAAAUAACCGACCAAUAUCCUACAAUAGACAAAAUAAUAACCAUAAAAGCUGACGCCGGAAAACCUGUCCAAAAUCUAUUCCAAGAAUUCACGCAAGACGGCGCCUUACAUUUAUGCCCAGUUGUCCUCAUAAUAACAUGUGAAGACCCAAAGAUGGUUCAAAGUAUUCAGAUCACAUAUGUGUGCUCUCCGCCCUUUGCCUGCUCCGAAUCUGUGAUAUGCUUAGAUAGUAUAAAUGGCAGUGAAAUAGUGGAAACUCAAGUAUUUAUGUCCAGUGACGCGGAUAUCUCUGAUACGUUCGUCCGAAUCAUGCUGACUGUUACGGAUGCUAAAGGAAAGAUAGAUGUGCUGAAUAAGAAAGUGUUAUUGCCGGCGAGUUUGUAUUGCGUGCCUAGCGAAGAUGCUCAUGAGAAUAAUAUAGUUUUGUAUUUGACUGUGAAUAAACCUUGCAUUAAGUUUAAUGAGAUAUUUACAGAUUUUUCGGAAGAAGAAAUGGCAGAACAUGGAGACUUGUCAGAAUCAGUAACUUUCUCAUAUAGGAAUACAAAGAGAAACGUAACAGUUAGGGCAGCGGUAAAACAAUACUCCGUAGAGGCGAAGGAAUUUUCAGAUAUUGUUGCGAUAUUAGACCAUCUGGUUAUAAAGUUAUCUGACCAUUACGCUAGGAUGGACAAGGCAGAUUUUCGCUAUAAUUUUCAAUUCGACUGUGAAUUAAGCAAGCAGAUUAUUGUCAAGUUGCUAAAAAGUAUCGAAGUUCAUGCAAAGGAAAGAAUUAAGUUAAAAAGCUCGGAGGAUGAAUUGAACGUACUCCAAAGACAGUUCACUUUAGUACAGAAAAGGCUACUAGUACAAUACGGGUCGCUCCCGCCCGGAGACUGUGAUCCUUUGGAGUAUCUUAUGAAGGACACUCACAGCAGAUUGAUUACAUGUGUUAACGAUAUUAUACAAGGCAAGAAAGCUGUUUCUAGAGCAAGUAGCACUGUAACUACAGUUGGUAACCUCAUUGUGCGUAUUCUGAAACAUACUACGCCGGAUACUUUUAAAAUAAAAUUAAUAGAAGAAAUGUUGGCGCUAAAUUCUUUAUAUGAAGAUUUUCAAGAGUUGGAAGAAACGGUUACUCAAGCAUUAUCGUACAUUGUGAACGAAGUGUUGAAAAAAUCAGAAAAGGAUAGAGAGAAAUUAGCACCAGUUACUGAACAGGGGAUACUGUCUCAUAUUAAUUUAAAGAGGUUUUUGAAGCAGAUCAAAAUGAUCAUGGAUCGAAUGUUUGAAGAGGCAGGGGCAAGCGGAACUGAGACUGAUAAAAAGGGAAAAGUGAUACGAAUUGAAGAGUUUGUGGAGGUGUUAUGAAUUUUCUAUACCUAAUCAAGCAACUUUGGGACUCAAGUCUCAAGUUUGUUAAAUAUAUACAUUUUAUCUUCACAGACAAAAA